UCAACGCCGCCGCCGUCACUCCCUGCCACAAGCAGUCCACCACUCAGUUCACUCCUCUUGCUUGCCGCCGGCGACCAUGGUGGAUGCCGCAAGAGUGACAGCGCCGCCUCCCGACGGCAGCCUCCCGGACGAGAUCACCAUCUGGGAGAUCCUCGUCCGGCUGCCCCCCAAAUCGCUCCUCCGCUGCCGCGCCGUCUGCCGCGCCUGGCGCAGCGCCACCUCCACCCGCCGCUUCCUCCUAGCCCACAACGCCCUCCAGCCCACCCUCCCCCUCCUCUACGGCUACAACUUCGUCGGCGACGAGGUCGAGUCCCUCGACAUCAUCCCCUUCCACCAGCGGGCAGGCGCCGGCGAGCUCCAGCUCCGGCCCGUCGCGCGGCUUGCGCAAGACUCCGACUUCCACCAUCUGGAGGCCUGUUGCGACGGCCUCCUCGUCCUCUCCUUCCGCAACACCAGCGUCCGUGACUGGCGCUUCGCCGUCUGCAACCCCGCGACUCGUCAGUACGCUCCCCUCCCGUUGGCUUAUGGCUCCGGCGUCGAGUACUCGCUCUUGGGGAUGUACCCACACACCCCCACCGGCGACUACCGACUGUUGAUGUUCCGGGACUCGGUAUCGAUGCAUCAUCAACUGGUACCUGACGCCGCUCAAGACGGCUCCUACAUCUUCACGUUAGGCUCCGGCCAGCCACCGAGGCACAUAGGGUUCCUCGAAGCGGAGGUGCUGACAUUCACCUUUGGGUCUCUCCUGUUUCGUGGUAGCCUGCAUUGGCGCCCACCAGGCAACAUGAUAAUGGUGUUCGACACCACGACUGAGUUGUUCUGGCAGAUGCGCGCUCCGGCUGUUCCUCCUGGCCAUGCUAAGUUGUUUCAGAUGGAUGAAAUGCUUGGCAUGUCCGGCUUUAAUGAUGCAGCGACAACCAUUGAUAUCUGGGUGGCGCAGGACUACGAGAGCGAGGUCUGGGCCUGCAAAUACCGGGUAGACUUCUCAGUUGCAGAGCUCACUCUGCGGUUUGGAAAGUUUGACGAAAGUUCUUGGGUGGUGGUCAUGCCUUCGGAUGGUGAUGUGUUCCUACUGGUCAAUUUUGGUGAGUGGCUACUUCAGCUUGACAUUGGUGGCAAGUUGGUCGCUACUUUCCAUCGCAGAGGCCUCGGUCCUGCAAAUCUUCGUCUCAAGCAAACUCUUGUUCAACACACCUUCUUUCCAAUACUAGAGGGUUAUGUUACCAACUCUCCGCCUUUCAUCUGACAGAUGUUAUGUCAAGUGCUGAUUCUAUCUAGCCCAACUGUCAGUAUCCUCAUGAGUUGCAGUGUGUGUGAAUUCGGCCCACUAUGAGCCAGCUAGUUUCAUGUUGAUGCAUAGACAAGUUAUGAUCAACAAGCUUGACUGUUUCAUGGUUAUGUUUAUGUUUCUCUGAAUAUUCUUCUGGGCUGAAGUGGCUGCCGUGAGUCUUAAUGCUAAAAUUGCAAGUCUCUGUUUACUUUAUAUUUCUAUGUUUAUAUUUCUCUGAUCAUUUAACUGAAGAAUUAACUUCUCAUUGUAUUUCUGUUUUUAUGUUUUGUUUUAGCUGACAAUGAAAUGAGGCAAAUUAUCCUGUUUCAAUUAGCCAAUUUUUCAGUGAAAUGUUCUAUUGCGGUUCAUUUUUAUUCAUGAUUCAAUUGCAUUUGGUUAAGUACUGAGAUAUACUGUUUUAAUUCUGCCUUCAUGUUGUAUCAUUAUUCAUUUGGAGUUAUAUUUAUCACUUCACUUUAUCUGUAGCCAUUUUAAGGAAUCAAUGAUUCGUGUGAUGUUUGAUAUCAACAUAAGCUCGAGAAAUAGAACCUUUAUUUAUAAGUAGUAGAAAGGUUAUCAUGGUCAGGCUCAGUUUCUAGAUUGUGCUCCACUUUAAAUUCUGUAAGUGUCAGCCAUGUUCUUUUGUCCUGUGAUUGGCGCAAUGCGUAUGAAUUGGGUCAACUAUGAGCCGGCUAGUUUCUUUUUAUGUGCUGACUGUUUCAUGGUUGCAUGCAAUUUAUGCUUGUGUGAAAAUUGUGAACAUCCUUUUGGGCUGAAGUGGUUAGCAUGUUGAUUCUAAAAAUCAUGAAGCUGUUUUGGCCAGCUUUUGAAAUGGCUGCCAUUGUUCUGUCUCGUGUCUCUGUUUUCCUUUGAACUGAAGAAUUGACUUGGUUUUUAAUCGAGAUUUUCUUCUUUCACUGUUUCUUAAAGGUCAUCUAGUGGUUUCAUCUACUAAAAAUUUAGCCAAUAUACACUUGUUUCCUGUUUCCAUGUUUUGUUGUAGCGAAUGAUCAGCUGCUAUACCAAGUUUGAGCCCGCGGGCUUCUCUGUCGAUGCAUAUAAAGCUGUGAUCAGGAAUCUCUUGUAAGAAGUCUUGGUUUAAACAGAAAAGUUGGCUGAUGAUACCAAUCUGUGGUAAUGCUAAGUUUGAUUGAUCAAGGUAUUGCCAAAAAGUCAUUGCAAUGUUGCUUGUGCUGUGAAUAGUACUUGUCAGAAUAAUUUGGUUGGUAGGAACAUACAUGGUCUAGUCUUUCCUGAAAUGGCCUUGCUCUCACAUUAUCAUGCAUGUUCUAAUAUUGGGAGAAAAGUAAAUUUGGUGGGUGGAUCCAACCAGGAUUGCUAUCAUGGAUUCAUGGGUGCUCUUAUUUCAUAUCUUAGGUAUCAUGUGAAUCAUGGAUAAGGUGAAGAGUUGGUGUUCACAGUUACUUGUUUGCUGAUCUGUGCUUAUUUGAGUAUUUGACAAAAGUAAAUCUCCUUCCAGUUUGUUUAUUCUUAGAUCAUUACUAGUUUAGACUUGAUGCACAUUUAAGUCAACAAAAUUCAAAGAAAAAUUAAGGUUUGACAGUUGCAAAAUCCUUUAUAAAAUGCGGGAUUUCUAGCUGUUAAUUAAUUCAUCACUAAAAGAAAUAUAUGUAUUUCACAUACAGUAGAAAGUUUAUGAGCAAUGCAUUUCUUGUCUUUUAUCUUUUCCUAUUUGCUCUGUGAUCACUAUCAGUAAUACAUUUAACACUGGUCUACCCGAGAACAUCCACUUUAUUGUUUUCUUCAGCCAACAAGACUCAUCAUACACUGCUGUUGUUGCUGACCAGGCACCCUGUGCAUUCUAGUUGUGUUUCUUUGUUCCUGCAUGAAGCAAGAAGAAACAGGUGAUGGGGAACAAGAAAAAAUGUUAGAAGUUGCUCGCUGGAACCUACCUUGCAGCCGAUACGUUCAAAAUUCGGACUGCAUGACGACGAAUGUAUAACAACAGCAAGAUCCCACUAGCCCCGAGCAAGCAUAUCUUCAAAUCUAAGGAAUGCAUCUUGACUCCUUGACCAUGGAUCGCCUAUUUUUUGAGCGACUUGCGUGUAAAUAGGUAUGUAGUCAAUAUUGACCUGUGGCUCCGACGACGGUCACCAGGGAGAUGAUGCCUCUGGGAGCAAUACAACAGUAAUCUGACAAGCAGAAUUCAGGCAGAGUUGGUGACCACUCUGUGAUUAAAGUCUGGGAUAGGACUGUCAUUGUCUCUGACCAACACCAGGAAGCACUUCUGCUGGCGGCACGCGCACACUCGGCAUAGGCCGAUUUAUUGAACUGAAGAUUUGACUUUGCCUUUUAUCCAGGUCUUCUUUUUAUUCUUGACUGAUUAUCUGGUUUUGUUCUUGCUGAUGAUUAAAUGUGGCAGAUUAUCCCCUCAAUUCGGUCACUUGCUAGUUUCACCUGAUUGUAAGAAGUGCUUGGAGGACUACCCGUUACAUUGAAUGGAAUGAUUGCAUUAUAGUCCACUUUUUUCAGUAAAAUGUUUUGUUGCAAUUCA